AGUAGAGAGGAAGUGCAAGCUCAAUCCUCGUGAUAAUUUUGAGAGAUCGCCACUGAUGAAGGCGGUACAGUGCCAGCAAGAACAAUGUGUCGCCAUUCUGCUAGCGCAUGGUGCCGACCCUAAUCUUGCAGAUGCUCUCGGCAACACUGCCCUUCACCUCGCUGCCCUUGCUCCUAACACCUCUCUAGCAGGGCAGUUACUGGAGCACAAUGCCCAUAUUGAUGCGCAGAAUAAGGUGGGAUACACGCCCCUCGCUCUUGCCGUGUCCGAGCAUCACAAAGAGAUGGUGGAGUUCCUGCUUAGAAAAGGAGCUGACGUGCACACUCGAGAUCAGCCUGAAAGGACCCCUCUUAUGCUUGCUGCUUCUGCUGGGGACAUGAGCAUCAUAGAAGUUCUUCUUGGCUACAGUGCUGAUCUUUCCCAGAAAGACAUUCUGGGACGGACAGCAGAAGAUUAUGCUGCUACUUCUGGGCACGCUCAUGUUAGUCAACACCUGGCAGACUGCACAGAGAAGAAAAAUGCGGGAGAAGCUUCUGCAGGCGGCACAAGAGGCAUGCCAGUGCUUAGCACGCCUCCUGGAGCAGGAGCUGCUGGCUUUGCAUUGGGUGCCUGUGCUCUGGCUGGCGGAGUGAGAGACGACAUUUCGCAUGGCUACUUUGUAAGCCUGAUGGAGGAAGAGGAGAGUGAUGACAGCCUUCCUGCUUGUGAGAAAGAAAGACGCUGUUUAGCUGCCAAGAUGAGGUGUUUGGCGUUGGGAGUGGGCUGUGAUGAAGAAUCCGAUUCUGGUGCUGAAACCCCCCCUGUACUGCUGGAGAUGCAGGCAUGUUUGAUUUUUAAGCGGGCUCUGUUUCUUUCAGUGACCUUUGAGAGACUGUCGCAGAUGUUGUCUGUGAAGAGCUACUGCAGCCUAGAGGAGUCACCUGAAGGGGAGGGAGAGGAGGCUGCUGGUGGUCCUCCAGCUGCGAAUGCUGCAGAAGCCCCUGCUGGUGUGAGAGGAGGAGUCACCUGA